UUACCCAUAAUGCACCGGAGAGCGCGGAGUGAUGACGUAUGUCGAGGGGACGGAAGUUAUAAUAUAGAAAGAAUAAAAUGGAUGUUCAUUAUGUGAGUUGGACAUGACGAUGAUCAUCAUUUUGGUGAGCUGAAAACAGCACCAGAAAUACUGUAUAACCCAGGGCACAACUUUCUGGAUGUUAAAGAAUGUUUCCAGUGCGUGCUGAGUGCUAAAAGUCAAAGCAGCAUUCAGGAAAUAUAUGUUGUAAACAAACUCACAAAAUCUCUUCUCCCGCUAUUGAGGCCUUAAAUCUUAUCCACAGGAUGGAUACAGUCACACAACAGGACUGCGACUACAUUAGAGCAUUUUCAUCAGUGUUUAGUGGCCUAGGGUUGUCAACACAUCAUAGAGUUCCCAUACCCCUCAGAAUGAAAGUGAAAGAAGAACUUGACAGAAUGUAGUCAAUAAAUGUAAUCUCAAAGUUGAGCAGCCCCACAGAAUGGUGCACGGGAAUGGUUGUCGUUCCUAAAGCAAAUGGAAAAAUACGUAUAUGUGUGGACUUGACAAAUGGGUCAAGAGAGAGCGCCAGUCUUUAGCUAUGCACUGGAGAGCGCGGAAUGAUGAUGUAUGUGGAGGGGAUGGAAGUUAUAAUAUAGAAAGAAUAAAGUGGAUGUUCACCAUGUGAGUUGGACAUAAAGGUGUACUGCGCGGUUAUUGAGAAAACACACACAUUGUAAUACAGAAGAACAAUCAGUUAUGGCAUCUUGGCUAUAAAGGGGGACCGAUUACAGAAAGCAAAGACAGUCUUCGGAGCAUGUUGGCAUGUUUUGGGGAUGAAAUAAAUACAUUUUUGAAAUACUACAAUUUGCUGCAUGUAUUAGAGCCCAUUUUGCCAGAGUGCUGCUGAAUUCUUCAUUCUGAUUGGUCAGAUGGUGUUAAUUGAUCUAAUUUAACUGCAGCUCUGACAGUAGGCUAUAAAUAAAAUCGCAGCUUUAUAUUCAUUAAAUUGAAUUCAUAAUUGAUGAUAACUAUUAUAUAAAUAGAAUAUAAAACCAAAUAAUUUUACUAAAGAGGACUGUGCUAUUAGGAGACUAAUGUUCAUAAUAAAACAUGGAGAGAUGUUCCAUGUCCUGUUACAUUUCUCUAAAUCUAAAGGAAAAAUGUGUUUCACCUGUAAUUCAGUAUGUGUAGUAUUAUUUUCUGAAUUAGCAGUUAAAGCAUCCCAUAGCACUUUAUAAUUAGACCUGCUAACUUUUUGUACAAUUAAUUAAAGGCAUAGCUUUUUUUUUUUUUAUCAUGUAACACCUUUCCUAAUUGUCAUUAAUGCAGAUUUAUCAGAGCCAUAUAUAUUUGCAAGUAUUUGAGACUCUAAAGGUAGAAACAGGUUUCUGCAAAAAAAAAGAUGUUUUUAUUUAUUAGAUUUGUUUUAAAAGAAAAAACAUGCUGACUGUCUCUUAAAACUCAUGAUGACAACGAUGCAGCUGUAUAAAAAAAUUGCUGAUUAUUUUUCCUUUUUUUUUGUUGCAGGUGUUUUAUUUCCCUACAUUACCAUUGUCUAGUUUCAUUUACUGUAUUUCAUUUAUCAUUGUCUAGUUUACCACUCAUAUUUGCAUGUACAGUAUUUGAGCAUUGUUGUGUACAUUUUCUUCUUAUAAAUCAUCUUUUAAAUGUUCAAUUUUGCCAACAGAAACAAAGCUUUUUGGCUUUUACUUAUGGUUUGGAAUUUGUCAUCAAAUUAUUUAUUAGUUUAUUAGGUUGUUAUACAAUUGACCAUAGACUGGACUGUGAGAUGCUCCUGGAUCCUGGUAACCACAUGAACCUUCUUGUAAAUGCAAAUUUUGAUUUAUAGAUUUAAAUGUAAUUCAAAUACAGUGUGCUGGAGCACAACAAUGACUUCUCUAUUAUAUACAAUAGACUUCCUCAAAUCAUAACAGUAAAUAAUUACAAAAUGUGCAAAUGUUACCUACACAAUCAGUGUGUCACUUUAUUGUGCACAGUAGAGCAGAGACACUAUAAUUCUCCAAUUUAGUAUUUGUGUUAUUAUUGAUCAGAGAUGUCUCAGACUGUGAAAUACACAGAGGAUUAAGUAGAGCACAUCGAGAGGGUGCUGGAAAUUUAUGAGAGUGCAGAUGCUGUUAGAGAUCAUAAUCAAAAACCAGAAAAUGAUCCCAACAUGACGACUCAACAACCAGAGAUGUCUCAGACUGUUGAGUAUGUGAGCUACACUGAGGAUAGAGGAGAGCACAUCGAGAGGGUGGUGGAAAUUUAUGAGAGUGCAGAUGCUGUUAGAGAUCAUAAUCAAAAACCAAAGAAUGAUCCCAACAUGAAGACUCAACAACCAGGGACACAAAAUUUCUCUGAGGUCCCGGACAUCAUUAAGGCUCAGAAAGGCAGUCUUGAGUUGGAGGACAUAAAAAGAACAACUCAAAUUCAUACAGAAAACACAGGAGGGGACAAGAAGGGGAGCAGAUGUUACACCUUGUCUUUAGUGUGUAUGUUGCUACUGUGCGUUCUCCUGCUGACUGCCAUCAUUGUGCUGUGGACAAAAUUCACCACAUUGAAUACAGAGAACGACCAGUUACAGACCAUUUACAACAAGCUGACUGUAGAGAAAGACCAGUUACAGACCAGUUACCUCAACCUGACUAUAGAGAGAAACCAGUUACAGACCCGUUACAACAACCUGACUAUAGAGAGAGACCAGUUACAGAAUGAGAAAGACAGACUUCAGCGCAAGCUGCUUGAUAUAGAUAAUAAUACCAGUCUUGGAUGGGUUUACUUCAGCUCCAGCUUUUACUAUAUCUCUUAUAAUGAAAGAUACUGGACUGAGAGCAGGAAAGACUGCAAAAACAGAAAUGCAGACCUCGUGAUUAUAAACAGCACAGAGGAACAGAACUUCAUCAAUAAUCUCCUGGGCAAAAAUGGAAUAGGUUGGAUUGGUCUCACUGACGAAGAUAAAGAGGGAGUGUGGAAAUGGGUGGACAAUACAUCACUGACCACUGGGUACUGGCGUUCUGGGGAACCAAACAAUUACUCUGGUGAGGACUAUGCUCAGAUUUAUAAGCCUGAUAGCAUACAAAGUUGGAUUGACCAACGUAGCUCUGUAAGUGCACGGUGGAUCUGUGAGAAAAAAUUUUAAUCUGUUUAGUAAAAAGUCAGACUGAAUGAUUAAAAAAAAUUAAUGAGUUAAGGCAAGCUGCUCACCCGAGCUACUUGUAGUCAGCAAUUAAUUAUUAAUUAAUUUUUUUUUUCUUUCUUGCAUUUCUAAAAAUUUAAAAACUGCAAAAUUACAGCUGCUUGAAGUCUUCUUAGUCAGUAAUUUCUUUUGUUUAUUUAUAAUGUUUAUUUAUAUUGUUUUUUUCUAAUGUAAUGGCAUGUCAUGAAUUACUGAAAUGAACAAUACAUGAAGGUGCUAAAUGUUUCUUGAGAAGUCUGUUUCACCAUGCUCUGCUUUUGCUUUUGAGUUACUUCAAAUAAUAAUGAUGUAUUUGUUCAUUUAAUGUCUGCUUCUGCAAAGAAAACAUAACUAUGGUUUAAAUGAAAAGCAGACUUUAAGCGUCAAGUACUGGAAGUGCAAAUAAAAACAUUUUGCAUGACAUACAUAUUUUGCCAAAAAUAUUGGGUCACCUGGUCAUAAGUACAGUAGCAUUGGAGCAUUGCAUUCCACAUUUAAUCUCAAUUUGCUCUUAUAAUUCUCUCCACUCUUCUGAAGGUCUUAAUGUAGGUCAGGUCUUGAUGUAGGUAAGGAGACCUGGGUUUCAGUCAGCAUUCACAUUAAUCCCAAAGGUGUUCAGAAGGUAAGAAAUCAGACCUCUAUAGCAGGCC